CACUAAAUUGAUAUAACUAUAAAAUCAUCAUUAUGCGGGAAUGCAUCUCAAUUCAUGUUGGUCAAGCUGGUAUCCAGAUAGGAAACGCUUGCUGGGAAUUGUAUUGUCUUGAACAUAACAUUCAACCAGAUGGGUUAAUGCCAAGUGAUAAAUCUGUUGGAGUAGCGGAAGAUUCUUACAACACCUUUUUCAGUGAAACUGGUUCUGGAAAGCAUGUACCUCGGGCUUUGUUUUUUGAUACCGAGCCAACUGUCAUUGAUGAGGUUAGGACUGGCAAGUAUCGGCAGUUGUUCCACCCUGAGCAACUCAUUACUGGUAAAGAGGACGCAGCUAACAAUUACGCAAGGGGUCAUUAUACUGUCGGCAAGGAAUUCAUUGAUCAAGUAAUUGAUAGGAUUCGGAAACUGACGGAGCAAUGCACUGGAUUGCAAGGAUUUCUCGUUUUUCAUUCGUUCGGUGGCGGCACUGGAUCUGGGUUCACAUCGCUCUUGUUGGAACGCUUAUCAGUCGACUAUGGGAAGAAGUCAAAACUUGAGUUUGCUAUUUACCCAUCCCCUCGCGUCUCUACUGCUGUAGUGGAACCUUACAACUCAAUAUUGACAACUCACACCACUCUUGAGCAUACUGAUUGUGCCUUUAUGGUUGAUAACGAAGCAACCUAUGAUAUUUGCAAAACCAAUCUUGGAGUAGAACGUCCUUCUUAUUCCAAUCUUAACCGAUUGAUUGGUCAGAUUGUGUCUUCCAUCACCGCAUCACUACGAUUUGAUGGUUCGCUCAAUGUUGAUUUGACUGAGUUUCAAACCAAUUUGGUGCCUUAUCCUCGAAUCCAUUUCCCUCUGGUAACCUAUGCUCCAAUCAUCUCUGCUGAAAGGGCUCAUCAUGAGCAAAUCACCGUUGCUGAAAUAACCAAUGCAUGCUUCGAGCCUUCUAAUCAAAUGGUAAAGUGUGAUCCACGCGCCGGGAAAUACAUGGCUUGUUGUAUGCUUUAUCGGGGUGACGUUGUGCCUAAGGAUGUGAAUGCCGCGAUUGCUGCAAUUAAAACCAAACGUACAAUUCAAUUUGUCGAUUGGUGCCCUACCGGUUUUAAAGUUGGAAUCAAUUAUCAGCCACCUACUGUUGUUCCUGGAGGAGAUUUGGCAAAGGUCCAGAGGGCAGUAUGUAUGCUGAGUAACACCACUGCUAUAGCAGAAGCCUGGUCAAGAUUAAAUCACAAGUUUGAUUUGAUGUAUGCCAAAAGAGCUUUUGUUCAUUGGUAUGUUGGAGAAGGAAUGGAAGAAGGAGAAUUUUCAGAAGCAAGAGAAGAUCUUGCUGCAUUAGAGAAGGAUUAUGAGGAAGUUGGUAAAGAUACUACAGAUGAAGAUGCAGAGGAGGAUGAAGAGUAUUAAUUUCAUUAACAGCUGGGAGUAAUCCAGAUAACUUGUAUAUUUUUUGAAUCAUGGUAUGACUUAUUUGUAAUCACCACACUCCCUGGAAUUGUAUCCUUAAUGUGUAUUUAAUUCAUUUUAAUUUAACGUAUCUUUAAUUCAGUGGUAUAUCUGAAAAGCCACUUUGAAAAUUCCCAUACCUCAGCUCGAAAAUACCCUAGUAGUGACUCUGAAUAUUCAUGUUGCAUUGACAAAUGCAAAAAUCAAUUAUACUAAAUCAGCCCAGGUAAAAUCACAUUGUUAGCGACUUUUCCAGUUGGCCGAAAAUUUAAAAAGGGAGUGUGUCGACCCCUAUAUACCCCCCUCUCAAGUUUGCUCUGCAUACAGACCAAUAAUGUCCACUGCCCUAGACAAAUGAGUCUACAUAUAAAAUAAAAGGUUGCAGGUUAUAUUUGUGUUAGUGUCAAGCAAGAAUGCCUAAUUAUAAAAUAACAAUAUUUUCUAUGAUUGUUUAUCACUUUAUGAGAACAUGUUCCAUUUUUCAUGAUCAAUCAUGUCGCUUUUUAUUGAUGAAUCAAUUGUUCAGACCAUCGUAGCUCCGUCUGACAUUUAUCUACAAUGGUGAAGUUUUAUGUUUGUUUUUUUAAAAUCAAGUAUUUUAUCAUUUUCACUUGCUAUUGCAUUAGCUUGCCCCAUAAGUGCAAUCAUGCUUUGGGUAUAUUGCAAAGUAUUAUUAAAAACUAAUCAUGUAAAUUAGAAAAGUGCCUCAUAUGCAGUCCUAAUCUAGCUAGAUAUUUCAAAUUUAUCAAUAAACUCUGCAUAUGCAUUGAAACGAAUUUGCAUUACCGGUAAUAUUUCUUACUCGGUGUUUAAGUUCUUCAAAUUGAGUUACUCACUAUUUCAAAUGCAUUCUAAAAUAAUAUUAUGAAAUAUAUUCCAAGUCAGGUCUUCUUCAAAAAAGAAAAGAUGACUUUUCAAAUAAAAACACUUCCAAGUUAUUCCUAAAAGUAAAAAAAGAAUCGAUUGCAAUAUUUCAUUUGUCUUGGACAUCCCUGUUUUUGGUGUUCCAUUCAAAAAUAGAAUGCAGUAUUUCAAUGACUCUUAUAUCUUUUAUGAAUAAUAUAUUGAAAAGUUUAUCGGUUCCCCGUGACUAACAGUAAUAAUGCAUGACACAAUACUUUGCUUUUUGAAGAGUAUUUUUCUUUGUAUAUUUUGUUGUAUUAUGCAGAAAAAUUUGAAGCAGUGCAGUUUUUUUGUCAUUUUGCAAGUUAAACUUUACAAGCCAUGUCCAUAUUGCAAUGAUGUUUUAGUACUAGUUUAACAUAAAAUCAUUUUUUAUUCUUCAUAUUUCCUCUAAAUUUUAAAUGUUAGAGCAAAUUUGUUGCAAUAUUUAUAUAUCCAGUUUUUUUUUUGUGCUACGUGUGAGCGUACAAUAUAUAUUCAGAAUCAGAUAA